AUGGUGCGUCAGCUGCACGACGGUAUGAUGGCGCGAGUCACGGACAACGGUGCUGUCUCAGAGGCAUUCGCAGUGACCAACGGAGUGAAGCAGGGAUGCGUGCUGGCACCAACCCUCUUCAGUCUCAUGUUCUCUGCCAUGCUGAUGGACGCCUACCGCGACGAACGCCCUGGAAUCCGCAUCGCCUACAGAACGGACGGUCAUCUCCUGAAUCAGCGGCGCAUGAACUUCCAAUCGCGUGUAUCCACAGCCACCGUGCACGAACUCCUCUUCGCCGACGACUGCGCCCUGAACACCACCUCCGAAGCGGAGAUGCAACGCAGCAUGGACCUAUUCGCCGCCGCCUGCGAGAACUUUGGGAUGGUCAUUAACACGCAGAAGACGGUGGUGAUGCAUCAACCGCCACCCAACUCAGUCACAGCCCCCAACGCGCCGCAAAUCAGCGUGAACGGAACCCAACUGCAAGUGGUGGAGAACUUCCCGUAUCUCGGCAGUACUCUCUCCCACAACACCAAGAUUGAUGACGAAGUCGCCAGCAGGAUCUCAAAAGCCAGUCAAGCCUUCGGUCGUCUCCGAAGCACAGUCUGGAAUCGCCACGGUCUCCAACUGAGCACAAAGCUGAAGAUGUACAAGGCCGUCAUCCUGCCGACGCUACUGUACGGAGCAGAGACUUGGACGGUGUACACGAGACAGGCACGCCGACUGAACCACUUCCACCUCAGUUGUCUCCGUCGCAUCCUGAGGCUGAACUGGCAGGAUCGAAUCCCCGACACGGAAGUACUGGAACGAACGGGAAUCCUCAGCAUCUACGCCAUACUGAAACAAAUGCAGCUGCGCUGGAGCGGCCACCUGGUGCGCAUGGACGACGAGCGACUACCCAAACGACUCUUCUACGGAGACGUCGCGACGGGUUCUGGUUGUCAAGGAGGCCAGAUUCGCCGUUACAAGGAUACCCUGAAGUCCUCCCUGAAGCGCCUGCAAAUCAACCCGACCAACUGGGAAGAGCUCGCUCGCGAUCGUCCGACAUGGAGGAGAACAGUGAAGGCGGGCGCUGCUAUCUAUGAAGCCAACCGAAUCGUCGCCGCCAAAGCGAAACGCGAAGCCCGCAAAUCGCAACUUCGCCCAAUACGCAACGCCGCCGCACAACCUCUCCCUACGUGUCCUCGAUGUCAACGGACAUUCCGGGCACGAAUCGGACUUGUUGGACAUCUCCGAACCAACUGCACCUCUCGAACUGCUCCAGCCAUCGUCCCCCCGCUCGCCUCUUCCUCGCCCUCUCUGCCGCCAACUAACUCUGACACUUCUUCUGCACCCCCAAUCCCAUCCCCCUCCUUCUCCUCCACUGCCCCAGCGGCGGCCGUUCAGACUGCCGUCUCACACAUCACCAACCCCAACACAACAACCGACAUCACCUCUCCCACCUCUCCCGAUACCACUGAUGAGGAUCAGGACCACACCUGCCCUCACUGUGACCGCACCUUCACCUCUCGCAUCGGCCUGGUCGGUCACUUGCGAAUCCAUCGCACAGAGACUGGUGAACCAGUGCCUGGAGCACCAACCUACACCCACCGCACCUCCUCCACUGCCCAUACUGCCCUCGCACCUUCAGGCAUCGCAUGGGUCUAUUCGGCCACAUGCGCAUCCACGAGAGCGGAAUUGACCGCAGCCUUGACACACCCACCCCACCAAGCCCCACACCCAAUCCACCACCUUGUGCACCCACUAACCACUCCCCAGCCGACAUCGACGCCACCGACCUUACCACCCCUCACUCCUCCCCUUCCUCCUCCUCCUCUUCCUUCAUCACUGCCACAACGACGGCCACCCCGGCGUCUGCAGCGCAUGACUUCACCACAGUCGCACCUGACACAACAACAGGCACAAGCCCUGCAACCUCCAUCAUCAGACGUGAGGGCCAGGCCUACAUCUGCCCUCACUGCGAUCGCACCUUCACUUCACGCAUUGGCCUGGUCGGUCAUUUGCGAAUCCAUCGCACAGAGACUGGCGAACCAGUGCCUGGAGCACCAACCUACACUCACCGCACUCGCCUCCACUGCCCACACUGCCCUCGCACCUUCAGGCAUCGCAUGGGUCUAUUCGGCCACAUGCGCACCCACGAGAACGGAAUUGACCACAAUUCCGAUGCAGCCACAACAUCCAACACAUCCACCACGCCGAGACCCAUCCUCGCUCCACCGUCACACGCGCCGACCACCACCACCACCACCAACACCACUGCUUCCUCUACAGCUGACACCGACACCGCCAACCUCUCAUGCCCACAUUGCCCACGCACCUUCACCUCACGCAUCGGCCUGGUCGGUCACUUGCGAAUCCAUCGCACAGAGACUGGCGAGCCAGUGCCUGGAGCACCAACCUACACCCACCGCACUCGCCUCCACUGCCCACACUGCCCUCUCACCUUCACGCAUCGCAUGGGUCUAUUCGGCCACAUGCGCAUCCACGACGACCUGCGGUAGACAACCGCCGGUCACAACACACAUUCCCUCACUCCCUACCUCCUAA